AUGAGAGAUGACGCUUACCUGUGGAUCAAACUACGGGUUCAAAAUGGGCGAAGCUGCAGGUUCUGGACAGAUAAUUGGUCCCCUUUCGGCAACAUUGAAGCAUACCUACAAGGGAACGGGUAUCGUAGACUGGGCAUCUCAAAGACAGCUACACUUUCAAGUCUGCAGAAUCAUGGAGAUUGGACCUUGCCUCCUGCACGAUCAGAUAACCAAGUAAACCUUCAAAUCUUUUUGUCAACAAUUACUUUAACAGAGGAAGAAAACUACUAUGAAUGGGAAAUUGAUGAGAGAGUGAGCUCCGUUUAUAGCACAGGUCAGGUUUAUGAGAAAUUAAGGGAAGAUUCAGAGUUAGUACCUUGGGAUAAGAUGCAGAUUCUCCCUGGAGGUAAACUGGUGAAGAGAUUGACAUUACUGGCCUGGCAAGCUUCGAUCUACUGGAUAUGGACUGAGAGAAAUGGACAUUUGCAUAGACAAAUCUAUCGCCCGGCGGAUGCGAUCAUCACCCUAAUUGAUAGACAGGUUAGGAACAGAAUUACCAGCUACCGAGACAACAAUCCAACCCUCUCCUCUCAGCUUCUCCAGCUUUGGUUUAUGACGGAUUCAUCACCUUGA